AUGGAUGAUGAAGAAUCAUCUGAAGAAGAUGGAGGAAAAGAAAAGUAUUUGAUGGCUCACAUUGAUGUUCCGGUCACUGAUAAAGAAAGCAAAGGAUCUAGUACCUUUGAAGUUGAUAUGGCCAAAUCCAUCGAGUAUUCAAAGAUACAGGAUUGGGAUUCCUUGUCCUUAUAUCAGCAUCUCAAAACCCCUCCACAUCCUGUCACAUAG